AUGGCACCUUAUGAGGCUCUGUAUGGCAGGAAAUGUAGGACACCUUUGUGUUGGUUAGAAACUGGAGAGAGUUUGCUCUUAGGACCUGAAAUGAUUAGGCAGACCACUGAACAAAUCAAAAUGAUUCAAGAAAAAAUGAGAGCAACACAAAGUAGGCAAAAAAGUUAUGCUGAUAAGAGGAGGAGAUCUCUUGAAUUUAAAGAGGGAUAUCAUGUUUUUUUGAAAGUCAUGCCUGUGACUGGGAUUGGAAGGGCAAUGAAAUCAAAGAAGCUAACAUCUAGAUUUAUAGGACCCUACCAAAUUCUUCGUAGAAUAGGAAAUGUUGCUUAUCAAAUUGAUUUUCCCCCAUUUCUUUCAAAUAUUCAUGAUGUAUUUCAUGUAUCACAACUAAAAAAGUAUAUUCCCGAUCCUUCGCACAUAAUAGAAUCAGAUACAGUACAAGUACGAGAAAAUUUGACUUACGAUGUGCAGACUGUAAGAAUAGAAGAUCGCAGAAUUAAGCAACUUCGUGGAAAGAUUAUUCCAUUAGUUAAAGUGAUCUGGAAUGAAAAUAAUGAAGGAGAAGCAACAUGGGAACUCGAAGAGCAGAUGCAAGAGAAAUACCCUCAGUUGUUUCAAUAA